GAGACUUUGUUCCCUACCGAUGCCGUGGCUGGACAAAUGCCUCUGUCAACUGCUACAAACCCAAAGUCUAUGCUCUAAAGAUAGUGAAGCCGUUCUGUCAAAGUGAAAACAGAAGGGGUAGGUAGGAAGCCGCCCCGCUUUCUUUCAAGCACAGAGACCCAGAGAGACGCCCAGGAGCUCCCAAAAAAAACGUUGGUGCUUAAGAGUUGCCGGGGGUCAGAAACAGCUGUGAGACACUGAAAAAUCCCCACUGUUAUAAUUAUUCAGUAUGUUCCCACUGACUGAGGAAAACAAGCAUGUGGCCCAGUUGUUGCUCAGUACUGGUACUUGUCCAAGAUGUAUCUUCAGAUUCUGUGGUGUGGAUUUUCAUGCACCUUACAAACUUCCAUACAAGGAGUUGCUCAAUGAACUACAGAAAUUUCUGGAAACUGAAAAAGAUGAAUUAAUUUUGGAAGUUAUGAACCCACCUCCCAAGAAAAUUCGACUGCAAGAACUGGAAGAUAGUAUUGAUAAUCUAAGUCAAAAUGGAGAGGGAAGGAUCUCUGUUAGUCAAGAUGGAGGCAUUGCUUCCAAGAACUCAAAUUUAAAUGUAUGUAAUGUAUGCCUAGGAAUUCUUCAAGAAUUCUGUGAGAAAGAUUUUGUUAAAAAGGUGUGCCAAAAGGUUGAAGCCUCUGGGUUUGAAUUCACCAGCUUGGUAUUUUCAGUCUCCUUCCCACCACAACUAUCUGUAAGAGAG